AUGAGUGACAUCCAAAUUAUAAAUACUGACAGUAAUAAUAGCUUGACGACAGCAAUUGAUAACUUGGAUUCUAAUGAAGAUAUAAGAGAGAUUUCGGCCGCGACAAGUUCAACGAAUUUAAUUAAUUGGGGUACAGUAAGUUUAGCGUGGGAAAAUUUAUCGUAUUCAAUAAAAAAUCGAAAAAUCGUGGAAAAUGCUUCUGGAGUUGUUAAACCUGGUGAAUGUAUGGCAAUUUUGGGUCCAUCAGGAGCUGGUAAAUCUACACUACUGGAUUUACUGGCAGGAAGAAAAGAUCAUAAAAACGUUUCAGGUCAAAUUUACUUGAAUGGAAGACCUGGUCAGAUAAAAUAUGUUUCUACUUAUGUUAUGCAAGAAGAUGCAAUAAUGGAGGUAUUGACAGUAAGAGAGAACAUACAAUUUGCCGCGGACUUAUGUUUUCCUGCCUCGUAUUCUGAUGCAGAGCGAAGAACACGUGUUCAGGAUAUUAUUACCGAGUUUGGUUUAGAUCGAGUUGCUGAUUCAAAAAUAGGGUCUAUGUUUAUACGAGGUGUUUCUGGUGGUGAAAAACGUCGUGCUUCUAUUGCUACACAAGUUAUUACGUUGCCAAAAAUCAUCUUCCUUGAUGAACCAACCACCGGUCUCGAUUCUGCUGCGUCAUAUAACGUGAUGAAAGCAAUUUUGCAAAUGACACAAAAACAUAAACUCACAGUUAUUGCUAGUAUUCAUCAACCAUCCACAGAAACCUACUCGUUAUUCGAUAAACUAUGUAUUCUUGGUCGUGGAAGAACACUUUACCUGGGUGGUCGCGAAGAAGCAAUACGAUAUUUCGAAAAUUUAGGCCACAAAGUACCAAACAAUUCGAAUCCAGCAGAUCACUUUCUCGAUUUGAUUAAUUCGGAUUUUUUGACGGAUAAGGCUGAUGCAGAAAAGUAUCUUUCCGAAUUCGUUAAUGGAUUUGAAGGUUCGGAAGCGUACGAGGUGAUGAAAAGCGAAAUAAAUAAUCUAAUCGAGAAGCAUAAAGGAGAUCGAGAUACACGAAAGAUUUCAUCAAAAACUACAGAAAGAUACCAACAAAGUUUCAUGCGACAGACAUAUAUAUUGAUAAUACGGUGUUUUAAAAAUGCAUUAAGAAACAUUCUAUUGUUUUGGUCUCGAGUGAUAUUGUACGUUUGUUUGGGUUUACUUAUGGGCACAGCUUGGUGGAAAGUUGGAUUUCAUCAAACAAGUAUAUUUGAACGACUGACAACUCUAUACUUUAGUAUAGCAUUCUUGUCGUUUAUGAGUACAGCUGGAAUUCCUGGAUUUUUAGAGGAACGGUAUUUAUUCCAACGCGAGCGAGCAAAUAGAUUCUACUCUGUCGGACCAUAUGUACUAGCAAACACCUUGGUAUCAAUUCCUUUCAUAUGUAUCAUCACAAUUUCAUUUGCAUGUGUUAUGUAUCCAACUGUCGAACUACAUAGCGGAUUCGAUCGGGUCGCAAUAUUCACCGGAAUCUUAUUCCUAUCUCUACUGGCCGCAGAAUCAAUGGUCGUUCUUAUUGCUUCCAUAUUUCCACAAUUCAUUUCCGCAUUGUGCAUGGCAGCAUUCUUCAACGGAUUCUGGAUGAUGAGUGCCGGAUAUAUUGUUCGCCCACCCGAUAUCCCGGCAGGAUGGAAAUGGGCGCAUUACAUGGACUAUCAAAAGUAUGCGUAUGAAGCUAUCAUUUAUAACGAUUUAUCGGGACUGACUUUCAACUGUGAAAAAUUGUCUAACGAAACUGGCGGUGGUAUUAAGCAAUAUAAUUGCUAUUAUGGCGAUAAGUCGGGUAGUUCUGCGCAGUUUUCCGGUGAGGAUGUGUUACGCGACCUUGGGUAUGAUUCUGUGAAGAUUUGGUUGUGGGCGAUUAUGCUAGUAGUCAUCAUGAUAGUUUGUCGUAUACUGUUCUACAUAAUUCUACGAGUUCGUAGAGCUCCUUCGUAG